AUGAUUGUCUACAUGUUUCUUGCAGUUGUACUUUUUAUAAAAUGCACUGAUGGAUCUUAUUUUCGUGGUGGAACGAUCAGUUGGCUACCACAAACCAAUAAUCCACCUGUAAUUAACAGUACACAGGCAAUUAUUAUCAAUCAACGUUAUGCAUGGUUAGAAAGUACUGUGUCAAGUGUAUGUUCACCGACCACUAUAUUAUCAUAUGGUUUAAUUGGUGAUAACACUACAAAUAAAUUGAAUUGUUUAUCAUCUUCAACAACGUGUACUUCUGCUAAUUUUCCAACAAAUCUGACAACACUUGUUCCAUGUACUGACUACAACAGUCUGUUAAAUAUGUCAACUGGUGAAAGUUCCUUAAUAUUCAAUUUAACCGUUAAAACUGAUGGUUUAGUAAUCGGCUAUGGUAGUCAUUCAACAGAUUUAAGUUGGAUGCCUCUAAAUAUGAUUAAUGAUAGUGCUUUAGUUAAUAUUAGCAUGUAUCUCAAUUUAAGUGCACGUUCCGAUAAUGGUUUGAUUAAUUCUUCACCAACUACAUCAAAUCCAUUUGUUAUCUUUGUACAAGUCAAUGUCAAUACGUCUAUCAAUAUUCCAAUGGCUGAUAUUGAUGGUGAUAUUAUUCAAUGUCGUUUUGCUGAAUCAUCAAAAAAUUAUAAUGGAAUUCUUGUUGAUGAAUGUGGUGAAGUUUGUUAUUCAGAAGCAUUACCAAAUGCUACGGUACUUUUUUCAGAUGAUAGUAUAUGUACGCUCAACGUUACACUUCCAUCAUCUGGCUAUUAUGCUGUUGCACUUCAAUUAGAAGAUUUUCUUGAAAAUGCAACUGAACCACUUAGUUCUGUUCCACUUCAAUUUGUUCUCUAUGCCUACGAAGAAUCAAAUAUAACAACAAAUUCAUCAACAAAUUGCACUAUUGCUCCUAAUAUUACCAGUAUUGAUCCCGAUAAUCCAUCUCCAGGAAGUACAGUUUAUGCGGCUGUCAAUGUUCCAUACACAGCAACUAUCAAUGCUCAAAGCGGUUGUGGAAUUCAACCAAAUACGAGCAUCAUCAAUUUUCUUACUAUUAGUCCACCCGGAAUGAUUAAAACAGAUGUUCCAUUUCUUGAAAGUGAUGGAAGUACUUAUGGAAUUAAUCUUUUGUGGGUACCAACUAGUGAUCAACUUGGAAUGAACUAUACAUUUUGUGCCAUAGCUAUCGAUAUUAAUCUGUAUACAUCAGAACAAUAUUGUUUUGAUUUCAUGGUUGGUCCAAAGACAACUACGUCUGGUCCAUAUAUAACACAACCAAUGACGACUAUUACAACAACAUCUACGACUACGACCACGACAGGUCAACCAGUCAAUUAUCUGCCAUUGGCAGUUGGAUUAGGUAUUGGUAUUGGAUUGCCUCUCCUUUGUUUACUUGGUUUCAUAGCUCGGAGUUAUAUACAGCGAUAUCUUUUCGGUUUUUUACGGUCAAUAUCCGAUUCUCGUGUUGGUAAUUAUAGAAAUGCAGAUGAUCUAAGUCUACAAAAAAUGAGUCCACCACCGACUAGAAGCUUAGAUAAGAAAGAUCUGAAGAAGACGCCUGAUUAUCGAGAACAAUAUAUUAACGAGAAAAAUUCAUCAUCAUCACCACCAUCACCACCAUCACCAUACAACCAAAAACAAUCAAAUCUUAUUAGAAGAAAGUCUGCCUCUCCAAGUACGACAUCAGCAUUUGAACUUGGCUCGUUAUCAUCAACAACUAUCUCCAUGUUUUCUUCAACAACCAAUGCACUCCUAACUGAUCGUGUCGAACAUAUUACCGCUUCAUCUUCAACUACUAAUCCAUUACUAUUAGGUGGUUCGAUUCUUGUACGAGCUUAUAAUAAACAAAAUGACUCAGUUUAA